UAUUUGACAGCGAGUUUGUGCCUUAGUUACUGUUUGUCUGCCCCCGACCUAAAUCAGUGCCACGCUCCGAGAAAUGAUAAUUAGCGCUCAAAACGAGCAGGAGCGCCGCUUCGUCGGAGAAAUGAACUCAUUUUCCGGUUUCUGCUGACAGGCCCUGUGCUCUGAAGCUGUACACAACAAUCGGAGGAACCCCCCCUCUGCGAGGGAUUAAAGCAGCUCAGUCCCACCCCUCCAUCUGACACAAAUCCAAAGCUCUCCUGGGACGGGCAGAGCAACAGCAGACCCGGUUCUCCUGCCCAGCAGAGGAAUCCCCCAUGGCUGUGGGAGCGCCCAGCAGCUCGUCUUCUUCUGCCGAGACUUCCAAAGUGCUCCUCCUUUUUCUAGCUGGAGAAGAUGCACUCGCUUCCUUGGCCCUGCUGAGCCAAACAGGCUGCUUUUAGAAGAGAGGCGCAUGGAAAGAAGAGCAAAAACCAUUGCGGGGGUCUCUUUUUGGACCCCCGCUCCACUACGGGCAUCACCCAGCAGCACUGAGGACUCAGAAGAUGGAUGGGAGGAGGAGGAGGAUGGAGAGCAGGCUCAGAGAGAGAAGGACUUUGUCAGACUCAUGGAUGUAAAUGGCAUCAUUGGCCUGCCGGAGUCUGUGGGGGAGAUGCUGUCACCUGCUGACCCCAAACCAGCAGAGGAAGAUCUUCAGCCGACACAUGGUGACUUGGCGAGUCUUACAGAGGAGAGAGAGCAGAGGAGGAGCAGAGAGGAGCAGAGGAAGAGCAGAGAGGAGCAUCCUCUCAGUGGAGUUUCCCAAUCCUCCACCAUAGACUAUCUUUGGGACCAGCUCCUUCAUUCCUCUGCAGUCCCAGAAAUCGCCGCAGAGCCGUUCCCUGAGUCCAGCGGCAGCGACUCCAGCCUCAAGUCGGACUCUGCUGGAGCUUCACCCCGACCAGCAACCCCCUCCUCUGAACACACCAGCUGCAGGUCCAGCUCUGGAGUCGGUGAACUGCAGACCUCCUCACCCUGCAAGCCAAGAACUCACUGUCCCAACAACAAACUCUCUAAGACCUCAAGAGCCUUCAACCAGUUCAAGACUGACUCUGGAUCCAAACAGCAGAACCCAAAAGAGCCUGCUGCUGAACCCAGAAAAGGAGCUCAGAAUUAUCCCUCACCGGACCUCUCCAAGGUGGAGCCCAGAGUCUGUUUCCCCAAAGGAGUGUAUAAGCCCCCCAGGAGCAGAAAAGCCUGGAGGACGUCGGCGUCGCCGGAGCCUCCCUUAAUGUUUAAAUCUCCCGCUGAAAUAGUAAAAGAAGUCUUACUUAACAGCCCGGCUGGUCCCUGGACCCCCCAGGAGGGUAACAUAUCAGGGACGGUGACCUCCACCGUUCCCCCUGAGUUCAGGUGCAGACGGCAGGCCUCCGCUCUGCUGGAACAACUCCAGGAAGAACACGACCGACUGCUGACCAGGUACGCCGAGGCCGAGAACACCAUCGACCGUCUGCGCCUGGAAGCCAAGGUGAACCUGUACGCCGACCCUCCAAAAGCAGGCCGCGUUCCACCUUCAGGACCAAACCACGCGCCUUUUAAACCCUUAAACCUGGAUUUUUCUGGGGCUCAGAUCAUCUCUCCUUCCCGCUGCUGCAGUCAACAGGAGGGUUCAGACGGCCGGCCUCUCAGCAGAAAAGGAGAACCUCAGCAGCUCGCAGAUUCCCUCUUCAGCCAGACUGAGAAGUUCCUCCAGCAGCUGCAAACCUUUGAGAAUCUCCUAAAGAGGGAAAAACUCAAACCUGCAGAAAAAACAAAGGGACUCUGCCAGCUUGCUGAAGGUCUGGACUCUCUGGAGAGUGGAUACCUCUUAGCUCUGGAUGAACACAAACGGCUACAGCGGAGCGGCGGAGAAAUCUCCCCCUUAGACCCUGAUCGCGAGCUGGAAGGGCUGAUUUUUAGGUGUGAGCUUCAUCUGGAGGAGCUGAGGGAGCAGGUGGAACACUCACUCGCCUCUGAGAGGGAGGAGACCCCGACUCCACAGAGUCCGCCUUAUGUCUCUGCGGUUCAUCGAGCUAAAGCAGCCAUGGAGGUGGGGGGCUCAGCCCGUAAACUGAGUGAAGCCAAGGAGGGGGUUGGUGAAGAAACUCUGCGUUUUCCGUACCUCAGGCCUUGGAUUGACGAGCACAGAUCCACGAUCCAGGACUUCCCAAUGGAUCGCCAUCGGGGCCGUCCUGAAGUCGACCCCCUCUCUGCUGCCUUCAGAACAGACCUGCAGCGUGGAGACGUUGAAGCAGAGCAGCGAGCUGACAGAGAUGAUUCACAGAGACCAACUUCAGACCAACAGGAUCAUGACAGCGGCUCAGGGAAACGCUUCAGUCCCAGGUCCAGGCUUCCAGCGUGCAGCCAGACCUCCAGGCUCCCCGUUCCUCUGGGCAAUCUCAUCAGGAGGCUGGAGUCCCAGAGCAGCAGCCUGAGCAGCCUGGCUGAUGCGGAACCGCCAGGAAACAGGAGCGUGAAGGCUGGCGGGACCAGAAGAGUCACCGCACAGGACGGGGUCGUCUCUCCAGAGACCGACAGCGGGUUUGUGGGUUCAGAGAGCGGCCGGCUCGCUCCUGCUGCAGCUCCCUGCUCUGUCCACCAGAGGGCCACAGAGAGCAGAAUCUCAGCACUUCUAGAGGAGAAACCAGCUGCCAUUCACGUUCCCUCCUCGCCAUUCAGUCGGGUGGUUCCGAAGCCCAGAGGGGAUCCACUGGAAAAAAGGACCAGAUCGGGUCAGAGGAGGCGCACCUGUUCCCAGCAGAACAGGGUCAGCGAGGUAGAACCCAGCAGAGCUGGCAGUGGAUCCAGUGAUAGUGCAGCCUCAGAAUCUGAAGUGGAGCAGAGCAACACGGGAACCCUCAACUCCCUCCACACCCCCCGCUCAGGCUCCUCCAGCACCACGCUGCGUCACCACGGCGACUCUCUGAGAGCCAGGAGCUCCAGCCAGGCUGCAGACGCUGCGAUCCAGACGCUGCAGGCUGAGGUGAGCCGACUGAAGGACAGAGUGGAGAUCUGCAUGAGGAACCAGAGGCCUCCCCGCUCUGACGGAGCAGCUCCUCAUACUCACCACUGCAGUCAAACCAGCGCCUCAACACCUCACUCCAGGUCUACAGAAACGUGGAGCCAUGUCAGACAAACGGAGGAUGAGGGUGAAGAUGAACAAAGACCAAAAACUCAGGAAAAAUCAACUUCUGCACAAAGAAAAAGGCCUCAACACAACUUCUCGCCGAGCUCAGACGGGCAGUUCCCCCCACCGCCUCAGUCCUCCAGUCAAACGUCUGCAGCGUCCGGCCGCUGUCGCACAGCUGCCGUCCACAGCAAAACCACGCAGACCUGGCAGAGGCCCGUCUGUGACCGAACGGAUGACGGCUCAGACCAGCAUCAUCUUUGUCUUCGCUGCUUGUCGAGUCUCAGAGGACGCUCUGAGACCUUCACUGGUGUGUCUUCUCCAAUUGGACCUCUGGGUGGCGACAGAGAGCAGAGGUGGCCAUCCUGUCUUCAUCUAUGUGGACCCAGAGACGGACUCAGACAGAGAGACUAUCAUAGAGGAGAAGAGGUUCCGUCACCUGUGAGGUCCCGAGCAGAAGACUCUCCCGAUGGAGCAGCGAGCAGCUCAGCUGAUCCUGUACGGCUGCACCGCUGCAGACCUGUGCACCCCCCGCAGCUCCUCUUGUACUCCUCGCCGGUUUUCCUGCUGCCCACCAGCAUCCCAGAUGAACCCCGGGGGGCCCAAGGCUCCGAUGACAGGAAGGGGAGGAGCCGGAGGUGCUGGGAGGCGGACCGGCGCCUGGACAGUUCUCUGAGCAGAGCCAUCAGAGCGGCCCGGGUCAUGAAGAUCACCUCCAGACACAUGGCCCACGCUCUGGCUGCAGGCCUGCAGCACCAGCAGCUGCUGGCUCAGUCCUGCAGCUACUAGUUAACAGAGUGGAGACUCACCAAGUCAAUAAAAACUCUGUAAGACUC